GUUUAUCCUGGUGCUCGGCAGGCUGAGGGUCAGUGUGCCCUGGAGAGAGACUGGAUAUUCUUCUGUUCUACAAUCAGCUCCACCCAGUGCCUCUGCUCCUCACUAAUACUGAGACAUGAUUGGAGCAGAGAGACUCAUCCUCAUUGGCUGCCUGCUGCAAGGAGCCCUGGGCAGAGAGUGGGCAGUCUGGAUGCCUCAGAGUAUAGAAGCUCUGAGUGGAUCCUGUGUGCUGAUACCCUGCGGAUUUGAGAUCCCAUCUGAAUAUGACCCAGACAUGGCACAGUGUACACAAACAGUUAAAGGAAUGUGGUCGAAGGGCGGAACUCUUUUGUUUGAUUCCAGCAGGCAGUCCGGACCUCCUCUGCAGGGGAAGAUUGCUGAAAACCUAGCACAGAAGAACUGCACUACAGUCCUGGAGAACCUUCCACUGAGUCAUAGUGGUCAAUAUAACUUCAGAUUAGAAUGCAAUGCAAGACUCAAAGCGACGUUUUCUCAACCUGUUGAAAUGAAUAUCAAAGAACACUUCCGGGUACGGCAGCCUGCCGUAUUAAACUGAGGAGCAGAAAUCGAGCUGGCUUUCUGGUGCCCAUCUUGAUUUGCACAGGCGCGUUGCCAGCCAGAAUUGGAACGCACCAUUGUUCGCAAGUUUGACUGUUGAUAACUGGCUUAUGGGAUAAUGUAAUCCCAAUGAUGUAAUUAGUCAUUUUAGUUAAUUUAACAGAACUGUGCAGAGAUACAAAUAAGAUGCAAUCACCUGUGUAGGGUGGGGAUAGUAAAGAGUACAGUUGUCAUGUGGGAGGGGCUAAGCCUUUAGACGGAGCCCCGACCUUCCUUCUGGUUAGAGAGAGGAGUUUUGUUUGUGAGUUAAGAGCCAAGAGUGUAGCUGUGCCAUUGAUCGGAAAGUAACUCUUUUUCGUGUGUAGUCAUUUGUUUUGUUUGUAUUUCUCAUUGU